UGAAAUCACAUGACUGGUGACUAAGUCGAAUCUUUCCUCCUUACUGUCGAAUCCGCUGAUCUUCCUGGCGUGUGUAAAGUGUUGGAGAUAUCACAUCAUGUUGCCAUUUAUUCUCUUUUCUACGCUGCUUCCUCCCACGUUUGCCAAAUCUGAGCAACAGUGGUUCUGCAACUCCUCCGACACGACUAUUUCCUACACCUACUGCGAUAACAUGAAAUCUUACCCUGUUUUGAUUACUUCUGAACCCUGUAUAACAUUGAAGGGAACCAGCGGAUUUGUAUAUGUUAACUUCAUUCCAAGAAGAGACUUAAAAAAGUUACACUUCAACCUCUCCAUUCAUGUCAACUCCGUAAAGGUGCCGGUGCGCGAAGAAGUUAUUUGCCAUGGAUAUGAUGACGAUUAUUCUUUUUGCAGAGCUCUGAAGGGAGAUCCUGACGAAAAGCAAUGUAAGAGAAGAAAGAUUGGGGCUGGAGUGACUGCUGGGUGGUUAAGAGCCCCUGAUGCUCUUCCAGAAGACCCAGGUUUGAUUCUUGGAACCCACAAGGCAGCUCACGUCUGUCAGCAAUACCAGUUCCAGGGGACUGGACACCCUCUUCUGACCUCCUUGGACACUAUUCAAACAUGUGGUACAUGUGUAUACAUGCAGGCAAGACAUUCAUGCACAUAAAAUAAAUUAUUUAUUAAGAAAAAGGAAAGAGAGAAAGUCAGACAGUGGUGGCACAGACCUUUAAUCCCAGCAGUCCUGAGGCAGAGGCAGGUGGAUCUCUGUGAGUAUGAGGCCAGCCUGGGCUACAGAGCCAGUUCCAGGACAACCAGGGCUGUUAAACAGAGAAAUCCUGUCUUUAAAAAUUGGAAGAGGGGGACUGGAAAGAUGGCUCAGAGGUUAAAAGCACUGGCUGUUCUUCCAGAGGUCCUGAGUUCUAUUCCCAGCAACCACAUGGUGGCUCAUAACCACUAUAACAAGAUCUGGUGCCCUCUUCUGGCCUGCAGCAUACAUGCAGGCAGAACACUGUAUACAUGAUAAAUAAAUAAAUCUCAGAUGGGAGGUUAGGGAGAGUGGGAGCAGGGGCAGAAGGGCUAACUGUGGUCGCAAUGUAAGAUGAAAUUGAAAAAAGAUUAAAAAAAUCCAGAGAGAGAGAGAGACAGAGAGAGAGACAGAGACAGAGAGAGAGACAGAGAGAAAGAGAAAGAGAGAAAGAGAAGAGGGGUUUAUUGGGUUUCAUGAUCUGAGGACAUAGUCUUCAUGCUGAGGAAGAAUGGCAGUCAGAGUGCCAACAAAUGCUUGUUCACAUAUAGGCAGGGCAGGAAGCAGCGAUCAGACAGGAAGAGGGUAUGGAUGUAAACCUUGAAGCCUAUACCCAAGAGAUCCUCCAGCUAGGCCCCAGUGCUCACCACUUCCCAAAGCACCAUCAGCAGCUGGGAACCAAGUGUUCAGACACACAAGCCUGUGUAGGGACAUUCGAUACUCAAACCCUAACAACAAUGUAAUGAAUAUGUUUCUAUGUAUAGUCUUUUGUACAUUUUAGGCUUGAAUAUCCCCAUUCUUAGGAGAGUUAUGGAUGCCUUCCAGAGAUUUCUGGGUUAAAUAUUUGAACAUAUUUACAGUUUUUGUUUGUUCUAACCCAAGCUGCUUUUCAAACCAAUCCGUGUCUUGUGCUGUCUUAAAUCAACAUUACACCAGUCAGUUUAAUCUGCCUGUGUUAGGAUCUAGCCUUAUAACUUUAAAAACAAAGCUGAAGACUUUUGUUUUGUUUUGAGACAGGGUCUCUCCAUGGAUCCCUGGCCACCACCUCACACACCUUCAUCACUGUUUCUUUCUCACUGCUUUGUUUUCCUUUUUCUUUUUUUGAGGCAGACUCUUUCUAUGUAGCCCUGGCUAGCCUGGAGAUCAAUAAGUAGACCAAGCUGGCCUCAAACUUGCAGAGAUUCCCCUACCUCUGCUCCCUGGUACUGAGUGCAAAGGAGUGAACAACCACACCCAGCUCCCAUUGUGCAUUGUAUGUUUGUUUUUUUUUUUUUACAUAUUUAUGUUCUGAAUAAAUUAACUUGUUUUCAGGAAGAGACAAUUAUGGGCUAACCACCAUUGUCUCGUUAUUCCCUGACACAAAGUGGGCUUUCAGUUAAUACUCUUUGAACUGUUAUGAAAAUUUGAAAUUAAGGGACCAAAGAUGGCUCAGUGCACUGAGGACCCAGGAUCUGUUCCAAGCACCCAUCCUUCUGAUCCAGGGACUCAGAUGUUGUCUCGUGGACUCCCUUGGUACGUAGUUAGACAGCUAAGCUGGUGAGAUGGUCCAGUAGGUGAGGAUGCUUGCCGCUGUGCAGAACCAUGCGGGCUUGAGUUCCACUGCUGGAACCCACAUGGUGACUGCUACAAGUUGUCCCCCACUUCUGUGCCAUGCUGUGCACAUGCAGUGCUUGUGCGCACACACAUACACACGCACACAUACACACACAGUUUUGCUUUUUAAAGACCAGUAUUUCUUUUGUUUGACAUUCAAAACAUUUCCAUCUUUCUGACUUUACCUCUACCUCAAGCUGUUUGGCUUUUUCUGCUGGUCUACCUUUAUGCUCUGUGGCUUAUACAGAAAGGGACAGUCUCAUGGCUGCUUAUUUAAACAUAGGCUGAAGCCUUAUGCUUCUUGGUGGUGUGACUGGAAGGGGUGUAAGGAUUCUGGCUGUGUUUGACUGUUUCAGGGAGGAUAUAGCUAAGAUGAUAUUGUGCCCAGCGUGCAUGAGGCCCUAGGGUCAAUUCUGUGUUGUCAAAAGAAACAUCUCUCUUGUGUUUAGGGAGAUUCUUAUCUGUUCUAUCCAACUAGAGGGGCAUCUAAAAGUUAAGUUUGUAUGUACAUAAUCUAGCUUGAUGUGUAGAUUAAUCAAUUCACUGAGACUGAUAGAUGGCAAAACUUCAGAUGCCCUAGGAGAUGAGACAUGGGCUGGUUUUGGGAAGGACUCUCAUGUACUUGAGUGUCAGGGUGGAGCACUGUGGAUGGAGUAGGUAGGGUGUAGGAGUCAUUUCUCUACAUUUUUCCUUAGAAAUGCUUCUGUUAUUAGUAAGGACACUCCAUUAAACUACACUUCAUAUUUUUAAAAAAUCACCCAAGAUGACUA